UUUAUAAAGCUUAAAAGUAUGAUAGAUCAAAUUAGGAUACAGCUAGAGGAUUUAUACAAUAUAGACGAGACUGGCUGUCGAACUGGAGUUGCAGUAAAUCAGUAUAUCUACACGAGAAACCAACGUGCUAUCUUCAUCCCAAACGCUAAGAACCGCGAGCUAAUUACUCUUGUUGAGUCUAUCAACGCCGCUAGCGAUGUUAGUGAGCCUAUGGUUACUUAA